AUGGUUUUAACAUCACUAUUCAAGUAUGCUGCAUAUGACGUCUGUGAUUUGCUACCUAUCGCCUGUUUUGGUUUCUUUGCAUUUGCUUUGUAAAUAUCAACUGUUCUUUUCAUUAAUUAAUAAAUGAAAUAAGAGGAUUCUGAGUCGCCCAGUCUUUGUGGGUACAUCAACUUCUUCCAAGUCUUAGGAGAUAUGGAAUCAGAGGGUCUAAUCACACAAUAAGAGAAAAGAAUCAUCAAGUAGAAAUUAACCAUAAAGGAACCCUCCCUCAUGCUGCUAUUGUCUAAAUAAUAGGAAGAAACCUAGAUCAAAUCGGAAUUGCUAUCACUCUUGUCUUCUUUCCAGAUGACUCGUUCCAAAUCACACACUCAAGAAUUUAGUUCAUCCAAAAAACAAGGACAACAAUUUCAAACGCAAACCAUCUAACUCAUGGAUCAACUAAUCAUCCAAUUGAAGUGCAUGCAACAAUAUGCCAAUCAACAGGUAAUUGAGUCUAGCCUAUUAUUGCAUUAGAUCACCUAAGAUUUUAAGUCUAAAAUUGAACAACUCAGAAAUAUACUCGACUCAUUGGAUCAAGAUGAAGACGUCGAUUAAUCCUAUGUUGAACUGCUCCAAUCUAACUAUUAAUAGAUUAAGCAAAGGUAUUCUCGUUACAUGAAUUCGCUCCUUGAAUUGAUGGAUGAGAAAGUCGAACCCAAAGAUAUCCAGGCAUUCCUAAACACCUUCCUAAAUCAACUCAUCGGGUGUUAGACUUACAGUUUCAUACUCCUCAAAGAUCAAAAGGUUCAAAUUCACCAGGAGGACAAGUUCGAAGAAUUCCAAAUCACCAAAGAUGUCCUUGAUGAUUUGGUUAAUCUACAACAAAUAACCGAGGUCCACUCUUUGAACACUCUCAAACAGUACUACCAAAGUCCUAAUAAUUUUAUACUCAAACUCACAGAUUACUAAUACUUUGUGAUGCAAUUGGAUCCCAACUUCAUGUCAUUUGUUAUGUUGUCCAAAAAGUAUAAUUACAUGGACUCCUUGAUAGAAUUAGCUCAAUUUGUAAUAUAUACUUCAUAACAAAUCAAAGUCCAGUACUUCAGCAUACUGUCUAUUGGAGACACUGUCUUGGAAUUUGGUCUAGAAAUAGUCAGAUGCUCCAAGUAUCUACUCAUUGAGAAUAUACUCUAAACCAUCAACAAACAAUAUUAAAUCCACGAGAUCUUUGAAAACUAACCCAAUGUGAUCACUCUCAAAUUUAAGGAUUCCUCCUCUCAACAUCUAUUUGCCUCCAAUCUAGAUCUCAAAAAACAAUAAGACUUGCUGAUCUAUAACACUGUCAAUCAAAUCUACCAACGAUAUCAGCAGUUUAUUAAAUAGUGCUACGAGAGAAUGCAAUUCUACAAGUACUUUUUAAGAUCUAAAAACUUAUUCAUGAUUGAUUUUGAUAAACAGGGUCGCCUGCGUUUUUUGAGCAGAGCCUUAUCGCAGAAGAUUAAAAUGUAAUUUCAUAUUGAAAAAAUCUAAAUUGACUCUACCUACAAGUAGAUCUUCAUAUAGAAUCAGCAAAUGCUUCAAAAUAUUGAAAAUUAUAUUAGCAAUGCUAAGUGGAAAUUAACUCAGCAGGAGGAGGAUUAAAAUAAACCAUAUGAAAUAUUCAUAAGGAAGGAGGAGAAGCACUUCAAAGGAUUCACCUUGAUCCUCUUAGAAAAUGAAUGGGUCCGUAAAAAGACUCAGCCUCCAACGAAUGGAAAGACAAUUAAACAAUAAUUGUUGUAGACAGAGACCUUGGAUUACAUUAAGAAACUUGAAGAAUUUAAUCCUGACAUCAGAAACUCCGUAGUUGCAAUGUACAUGCCUUAAAUAUAGGAAUGCAAUUCUAAUGCUUAACAAACUCAAAAGACUCCAACUUUGGUGUUUAGAAAGAUUGACAAGGGACAAGUUGUUGGAAAGAAUAGCUUCUUCUUUAAACAAAGGGAGGAAGAGAGAAGGUUUAUGAAAACGAAUCCAAAUAAGUUUAAUGAGUCUCACCUAACUCUUAGAGAAGAAGACAGCUAGUUGGAUUCUCUAGAUUUCAACAUUCAUUUAGUAAUAUUUAUUACUAGUAUUUAGAUUAAGUCUACAGUGGAGAAGUAGAGAAUAGUUUGGUCAAUGCUGGAAAGAAACAACUUUAAUUAAAUGUUUGCGUUGCCUUAAGACAAAUUGAUCAACUUUUUGAUUGAAAUGGAAUCUCAAUACAAUAUGAACAACAACCCUUAUCACAAUUUCGAUCAUGGAGUAGCAGUGAUGCAGGCUGUCAAUUGUUUUAUCAAAUCAUUGACAAAUCAAUUAGAUUAACAAUUCUUUAACAAUAUUACUAAGUUUUGUUUAUUGUUGUCAGCCUUAUGUCACGAUGUUGCUCAUACAGGUAAGACCAAUGCCUAUGAAGCUAAUUCAAUUAGUCAAUUGGCUAUCCGUUAUCAUGACAAAGUGAUACUGGAACAACAUCAUGCAGCAACGACUAUUAAGAUCUUGAGAGAUGAUUAGACUAAUAUUCUUUGCAACUUUUCUGAUUAGGAUUUCAGAACCUUUAGGAAAUAACUAAUUUCCAACAUCUUGUCGACUGAUAUGCAAGAGCACUUCAAGAUGCUGAAGGAAUUCGAAUCCAGAAUUGAAUAAUAUGGUAAUGAUCCUGAAGACUUAUCGUUGUUAUGUGGGAUGAUCACUCACGCUGCUGAUUUUAAUGGGACUGCAAGGAAGUGGCCUCAAAGUAGAUUGUGGAGUGAUAAAAUCAAUUAAGAGUAUCGGGCUCAGUAUGCGGAGGAGGGUAAGAAAGGCUAUCCUCAAUAGCCGUUUAUGAAAGAUCUAGACAAGUUGCACGUGAUGUCUAAGAAUGAAAUUGGGUUCAUCAAGGUCAUAGUUAGGCCAUUGUAUCAUCAGAUGAACUAGUUUGGCAAAGGAGCGUUUUAAGUCUGUGUGGAUAAUUUGGAUGAAACCACAUUUGAAUGGGAGAAAGUGUAUUAGUAAGAGUUGAAGGCAUAGCAAUAAUAAGGUAAUCAAUGA